AUGGUUGUGGGCCUAAACCUCUUUGAUCGUUGGGUUCUCUAUGAUGCUGAGAACCAAUCCUAUGAGGAUUUUAGCCCCACCAAAGCUGAUUUUAAAGGAGCUGCCACCAUCCAUUUCGCCGGCUAUGUUGAUGUAAAAUCACAAAGACGUUCUACUGUGGGCGAGAAUUUUCAGAAACUUUCAGAUUCUGGUCUCAUUGAGGAGUAUGUGGCUCUAUACACAUACGAGAGUCCAGAGUCAGAUGAACUGGCGUUUUGUGCAGAGGAUGUUGUCCUGGUAACAGAGAAGGAAGGAGAAUGGUGGAGAGGGUGCAUCGGUGACCAGUCUGGCCUCUUCCCGUCCAACUACGUUAAACCCAAAGAGCCUGAUACUGCCAAUCCUGGAGUUCCCGGUAAAAAGCCAGAGAUUGCUCAGGUGACUACGGCCAGUGAUGCCACAACACCAGAACAACUGAGUCUGACACCUGGUCAGCUGAUCGUGGUGCUGCAUAAGAACUCAAACAGCUGGUGGCUGGGUGAACUACAGGCACGGGGUAAAAAGCGUAAAAAGGGCUGGUUCCACUCCUCUCGUGUCAGAUUACUGGAGGCCAAUAGUGGCAAAAUAACUCCUGCAUCUCAACCACGGUGUGCUGAUCUGCUCAGUUUAGACUCCAUGUGCACUGAGGAAAGGAAGAGGCAAAGCUACAUCCAUGAGCUCAUUCAGACAGAGGAGUCCUAUCUGAAGGACCUGGAAUUGGCACUAGAGGAGUUCCAUAAGCCAAUGGCAGAGUCAGGGAGGCUGACGGAGGCUGAGAUGAGCAUGAUCUUUGUGAACUGGCGGGAACUGAUCAUGUGCAGCACCAAACUCCUAAAAGCUCUACGUGUCCGUAAGAAGAUGGCUGGAGAGCGGAUGCCGGUGCAGGUGGUGGGUGAUAUCUUGUCCUCAGAGCUGACUCACAUGCAGGCCUACAUUCGCUUCUGCAGCUGCCAACUCAAUGCUGUGGCUCUGCUGCAACAGAAAACUGACAAAUCACCUGACUUCAAACUCUUCCUGAAUAAAAUUGUCAGUAAUAAAGGAAUGCCACUCUCCAACUUACUCCUGAAACCCAUGCAGAGAAUCACACACUACCCACUGCUGAUCAAGAACAUUCUGGAGAAUACCCCUCCAACUCACGCAGAUCACGCAAAGCUGCGGGCGGCACUGGAGCAGGCCGAGGAGUUGUGCUCACAGGUGAACGAGAGUGUGAAGGAUAAAGAAAACUCUGAUCGGCUGGAAUGGAUCCAGAACCAUGUGCUGUGUGAUGGAGUCACUGAGAACCUCGUUUUUAACUCUCUGACAAACUAUCUGGGCCCUCGAAAACUGCUGCACAGCGGAAAACUACAUAAGACCAAGAGCAGCAAGGAGCUUUGGGCCUUCCUUGUUUACUGACUUCCUG